ACUCUUUUUUAAAACAAUGAAACAUACUCCGUACUAAACACGGUACGAAAGUUAACAGAUUACAGAAAUAGAAUAAUACAUAAAAUAAAUGGCGAAAUUAAUGCCCAUUUCAUGCCCAAUCUUACCUUCGGGCUUUACAACUUUAUCAGUGCUUUACGAUCCUCCAUCUAUAACCCGGAUUCGUUGGAAGCGGCCUGCCGUAAUCGCCGGGCCUCGCCGUCCCACUCGCCGGAAGCCACCAUUUUCAGACAUGUCUGUUUCGGUUCCUAUGGCGGGUUCUAUCCGGCGAGAGAUCGAUUCUGAACCGUUGCUAGGUUCUCGAAAUGGUGUAGGGGAGGGGGAUAGGCUGACAACAGAUUUGGAGCAAGCUACAAGUGCAUCAAGUAAAGGCCACAAAAACAAGUACUCUACGAGCUCCAUCCGCUGCUUCGGAGUUGACCUUACACCUGAUAACAUUGCAGUGGCUAUGGUAUAUUUUGUUCAGGGUGUCUUAGGACUUUCAAGACUUGCUGUCAGCUUUUACUUGAAAGAUGACCUGCAUCUAGACCCUGCAGAGACAGCAGUUAUAUCAGGAUUUGCAUCAUUACCGUGGCUUGUAAAACCAUUGUAUGGAUUUAUCAGCGAUUAUUUCCCUCUUUUUGGAUACCGGAGAAGAUCAUAUCUGGUUCUAUCAGGGCUUCUUGGAACACUCUCCUGGAGUUUGAUGUCAACCUUUGUUGACAGCAAGUAUAGUGCUGCUUUUUGCAUUCUUCUUGGAUCUCUUUCAGUUGCUUUCUCUGACGUUGUCGUAGACUCAAUGGUUGUUGAGAGGGCACGAGGCGAGUCGCAAAGUAUGUCUGGAUCUCUCCAGUCAUUAUGUUGGGGUUCUUCAGCCUUUGGUGGAAUUGUCAGUGCCUACUUUAGUGGUUCCCUGGUGGAUGCCUAUGGUGUGCGGUUUGUUUUUGGCUUGACAGCUUUGUUACCGCUGAUUACUUCUGCAGUAUCUGUCCUAGUAAAUGAGCAUCCUGUACGUGGCCCACUGAAGGGUCAGAAUAUUUCUCUAGACGAUAGUUUCUUUAAGAGCUCAAAGAAUAACAUUAUUCAGUUAUGGGAAGCUGUUAAAGAUCCCAAUGUUUUUCUGCCGACAAUCUUUAUAUUCCUUUGGCAGGCAACUCCACAGUCUGAUUCUGCAAUGUUUUAUUUCACGACAAAUAAACUUGGUUUCACUCCAGAGUUCCUGGGACGUGUCAAACUUGUCACUUCAAUUGCAUCACUUGUUGGUGUUGGGCUGUAUAACGGUUUCUUAAAGAAUGUCCCCUUAAGAAAGAUAUUUCUUGCAACAACUAUUAUUGGGACAACCCUUGGGAUGACACAGGUACUCCUCGUAACUGGAUUGAACCGACAGUUUGGCAUUAGCGAUGAGUGGUUUGCAAUAGGGGAUUCAUUGAUUAUUACAGUCCUUGGCCAGGCUUCUUUCAUGCCGGUUCUUGUACUAGCUGCAAGAAUAUGUCCACAAGGAAUGGAAGCAACUCUGUUCGCAACACUAAUGUCAAUAUGUAAUGGGGGAAGUGUCCUCGGGGGUCUCAUUGGCGCCGGCCUAACCCAGAUCUUCGGGGUGACCAGGGACAAGUUUGACAACCUGGCAGCUCUGAUCAUUCUUUGCAAUCUCAGCUCAUUGUUACCUUUACCAUUGCUUGGUCUCCUGCCCAAAGACGAGCCUGAAUCAAAUGAGAACACAGAUAUCGAGAUGAAGUCCAAUUGAGUUUCUUUCCCCUUUCCACGCAUUUAUCUCAGAUGAUACUUUUUGCUGCAGUUAUAGUAAAUACUUCGGGAGAGAAUCAGUGUAUAUAGACUAUGCAAAUGUAAAUAUGGGAAAAAGACACAUUGCUAAUGGAAACCAUUACUAACUUGUGGGGAUAGAGGUAAACUUUAACAUAAUUUUAGAAAAUGAGAGAAUUUGAUUAUUCGUUUUAGUUUGACUAGUUCUGCACAAAGAAUCAUAUAUCCAUUAAUGGUUCCUG